CCAGCCCGAUCAGCUCAACAUCAAAUCAAGCUCACAGCUUCAAGUAGUUACAACUACCCAACCAUCCAAAACAAAAACCAACCCAUCAACAUGAAAUUCUUCGCCGUCUGCUUCUUCGCUGUUGUGGCUGUGGCUGCUGCCAAGCCUGGAAUUGUGGCUCCUCUGGCGGCUGCUCCUCUGGCCUACACUGCCCCGGCUGUGGUCGGCAGUGCCGCUUACGUGGCUCCCUACGCCUCCAGCUACACGGCUAACACCGUGGCCCACAGCGCUGCCUUCCCCGCCGCCUACACCGCUCCCAUUGCCGCUGCCGCGUACACCGCUCCCAUUGCCACUGCCGCCUACACCGCUCCAGUCGCCGCCGCCUACACCGCCCCUCUCGCUGCCGCCUACACCUCCCCAGUCGCCGCCGCCUACACCGCCCCUGUGGCCGCCGCCUACUCCGCUCCCAUUGCUGCCCCAGUUGCCGCUGCCUACACCGCCCCAAUUGCCCGCUACGCUGCUGCCCCGAUUGCCGCUCCUGUGGCAGCCGCCUACACUGCUCCCAUCGCAGCUGCUGCUGCCCCUGUCCUCCUGAAGAAGUAAGCACUCCUUCUUGCAAAUUAAUCCUCUUGACCAACUUGUGUAAAUAAAAAAUUGUACAUACCAAACGAAACAAAAG